GUUUCGACACAUGCUGUCAGUUACAAAUUAAACGCAGGAAAAAUUUGUGUAAAAACGUUUGUACUCAAACAAAUUUAUAUUUGUAUUGCUGAAAACUUUUUAUUUCUGAUCAAAAUUCCAAAGACGUCAAAAUGUUUUCUUCAAUUAAUUUUCUAUUUCUGAUAUCGCUGGCGGUCACCACGUGGAUCAUACUCUGCUAUUUCAAACAAAUCGAACAGCAACGCGAGGACCCCAUGACCAUUGAGGUCCACAUGAAUAACGCCUACGAGGACACGCUGCGUGGCAAAGCCUGUUUUGAGAAUUAUGAUAUUUAUUUGAACUUUCUGGCCAUUUUCGCAUGCAUUUAUGCGCUGGCCAAGGUGACGACGUACGCCGAAAAUUACGUGGCCCAACAGGUGCAUGCGCGCUUCAAACUAAUGAAGCUGCCGAGCAGUAGGGCUGUGGAACCAACUAACAUCGAAGAGUUGCGCGCACAGCACAUGCAACUCACACUGCAAAUCGAUUACUUGGAGAAGGAGAACGCCAAAUUGGCACAGCAAGUGAAGCAAUUGGAACAGACGAACUUUAUAUUGGGCGCGCAUAAGUACAGAAGUAAUGCCGCAACAACUAGCACUAUGCGUAUGCUGGCCAACGCUGACAAUAACCACAUGUCGCAGGAGUGCCACAAAACACCUCCCAAUGGCGUGCUGCAUACUUUGAACAGCAAUGCAGUUGGCAAUGCCGUAGGUGGCGUAGCUGUAAACUGCAAUCAAACGGGAGCCAUCAAUGCUGAUGUUGACGUGGAAAUGGCCAACAAUGUGCCCGACGGCUGUGCUGCAGCUGGUGGUCUUUUCUGCUUUCGGAAUGUAAUCAUUCAAGAUAAUCACUUUCAGCGGACCCGACAGGUAUAUGUGAAUGAGGGCAAUGUAAAAUUGCAAUUUCAAGACUUUAACCAAGAAGGUGACCCCAUCACGCAGAUCUGGCAGAAAUAUUUGGAAAUGCAAAAAUAUGCGCUACAAAAGCCGACCGCGCCUCAUAGUGCAACGCAAGUGGCAAAUGCUGUGCCUAUUGUUGUAUCCACCGAAGAGCUACAAACGAUGCAAGGUUGCAUUUUGACAAAUUCAAAUAAUAUGGAAUACUGAAAAAUAUAAGUCGCAGCGGCAUUUUUUAUUUCUAUUAAAAAAUCGGUUACUGCAUUAUUUGUAAACAAUGAGAUUUGGGCCACAGUCAGUACUGUGCUAGAACUUUGUGCCAAAAUUCAAGAUAUUUACUGAAUCAAGCGAAGCAAGAUUUUGUCGUUGCCGGCAGGUGCCGCUCUAGGUCUCAAUACUGUAAAUUCGUUGUGUGAUAAAAUUAAUUUGUUGUUAUUUAUGUUAUAUAUAUAUAUUUUUAUAAAAUGUUAUUUAAAAAUUGUAAAUUUGUAUGUGGAAAUACACAUGU